CGAUUUCCACUGUCUGCAGCCUUUGAAAGCAAGGUUGUUACUUGCCGUUCGACAGCAUGCCGAGGGAUGGCGCUAGAUUACAAUGCGCUUGGGGUAGUUUGUCGGUUUGUCUGGGAGUGUGGAACUAGUUCAGGCCUAAUUCUGGGCCAUUUUCGUCAUUGAUCGUUAAUCAGUAGAAAUCAUCACACUAUGGAAGUUGUGCCAAAGGAGCUGAGAAAUUUGAGGGCGUGUCUCAUGUGCUCGUUGGUAAAGACGCUUGACCAGUUUGAGAUGGAUGGAUGUGAUAACUGUGAAGACUAUCUUCAACUAAAAGGCAACAGGGAUAAUGUAUAUGACUGCACAAGCACAUCAUUUGAUGGAUUAAUUGCCCUUACUAGUCCAGAGGAUAGCUGGGUUGGAAAGUGGCAAAGAAUAAAUCGAUAUCACAAAGGUUGCUAUGCCAUCUCAGUGACAGGACGACUUCCUAAUCAGGUGAUCAGAGAUCUCAAGAGCAGAGGCAUCGUCUACAGAUCCAGAGACACUAGCAUGAGAUCUUGAGAGAUUUGAAGAGAUUUUGUAAAUAUGUAAUACAUUAUUGUACAUUGUACAUUCCUAUCCUUGCUUUGUCAAAAAAGAAACAUUGCAAAGCGGGGCCAAACAAAAUAGCUAACAGCAGGGCUUUAACUACAUUUUAGUUUAUAGGAAAGAAUACAGUUUCCUUCCACCACUGUAUGAUUUCACUAGGUUCAGUCUCCAAGAUACUUGAAAUUUUUCAUAGACAUCUACAUGUAGUUCCAACAUACAGUAAUAGUUUUAUUUACAAUGUUACAGGUGAGCUCUUGUCAAAGUUAAGGUUUCACGUUUAUGUACAGUUGUAUGUAGAUGAAGGAUUAUGAGUUGGUAGACUAGAAACAAGUCCCACAUUUUCUAUUUCUUACUCUCUGUUUGGGUUGUGAGUGCUGCCACUACUUCCAGUGGUAGUGUGGGCAGAUGAUAAGUAUUUAUGUUCAUGUAGGUAGUCCAAAUUGUGAACUUCAGAAUUCACACUUUACAUUCAUUAGAAAUUUUGAGUAAAACAUGAUUGACCCCAACCCAGUUUUAAAACUUCUUUGUGUUAUUUACAGUUUGAAAAAAAUGAAGUCCAGAUUCCAGGAGCAUUUAUGGGAAAUUCUGGCUGUACCCAUUUGUUAAUGUUUUAUUUUAGGCUGAUAUUAUCUCAAACUUGUUGAUUUUAAUUUUACCAAUAAAGAUGUAGAAACAAUUACAGCGUAAAUAAACCCCCUAUUUGGGUUAAUUUGUUCAGUAAA